GAACCUUACCGCUCCUGCCCGAGGGGGCUUUUAGCUCUCUUUUAGGAUUUGGGGGAUUUCCUCCCCAUUUUUAAAGGAUCAGGCUUGAAGUUCCGCUCGGGAGGAUCCAAUUUGCUCCGGGAUGGCUCUAAGCUCCCGAGCUCACGCUUUCUCCGUUGAAGCCUUAGUGGGGAAAUCCGCAAAGAGGAAACUGCAGGACUUCAGAGAUGAGAAACAACAGCAUCGCGUGGAGAAGGGAGAGGAGGAAGGGACCGGCUGCAGAGGGACCGGGAAAAGCCAGGGACCUGAAAAGAGACCUAAAGCAGACACAUCGGCUUCUUUCUCAGCGAGCGCCGAAAGCCGAGACGCGAAGGAUGAGAUCCACGUGGAACUGCAAGGCUCUGAACUCUGGAAAAGAUUUCACGAGAUCGGCACGGAAAUGAUUAUUACCAAAGCCGGCAGGAGAAUGUUUCCCUCCGUCAGGGUGAAAGUGAAGGGUCUGGAGCCAGCGAAGCAAUAUUACGUCGCCAUUGACGUGGUCCCUGUGGACUCCAAAAGAUACAGGUAUGUCUACCACAGCUCCCAGUGGAUGGUGGCUGGGAACACAGACCACUCCUGUAUAACGCCCAGGCUCUAUAUCCACCCGGAUUCCCCCUGCUCCGGAGAGACCUGGAUGAGGCAAAUCAUCAGCUUCGACCGGGUGAAACUCACCAACAAUGAGAUGGACGACAAAGGGCAUAUUAUCCUGCAGUCCAUGCACAAAUACAAACCGAGAGUGCACGUGAUUCUGCAGGAUUCCAGAUUUGAUCUGGCCCAGAUCCAGUCUCUGCCAGCGGAAGGGGUUAAAACCUUUUCAUUUAAGGAAACCGAAUUCACCACUGUUACGGCUUAUCAAAACCAGCAGAUUACCAAGCUGAAAAUAGACAGGAAUCCCUUUGCUAAAGGAUUUAGAGACCCUGGGAGAAACAGGGGAGUGCUGGAUGGACUUUUGGAAACAUAUCCAUGGAGGCCACCACUUACUCUGGAUUUUAAGACCUUUGGUGCAGAAACCCAAGAUGGGAGUUCUGGUUCUUCACCUACGACCUCAAGUGGUGGGACGCCAUCUCCUCUGAACUCCUUGCUUUCUCCAUCUUGCUCACCUCCUACGUUUCACUUGUCAGCAAGCAACAUUGGAGGGUCAUGCCCUGAAACAUAUCUACAUAAUCUCAAUUUGCCCCUUUACUACAAGAUUUGUCCGACAAGCCUUUUGAGACAACAGUCACUUGUAUUUCCAAGCCACGAAAAACUAGGAGGCACCAAUCCACAUGUUUUACCCCACUUCAUGGUGGAUGUGCCUGUGCUAUCUUCCCUUGGCAUAACAAAUCUGAAAAAUGGUAAAUCUGAAGACUUAACUGGGCAGUGUCUACAAGUACCCAAUUCUGCUAAUCAAAUGUUGUAUGGACUACAUGCAUCUGGAAACAUUUUCCCAUCAAGUCCCAUUGCUCGGGAAGCACUUAAUUGUUCUUUACAUUCUCCAUAUGGCUUGUAUGGUUAUAACUUUUCUAUGCCAUCUAGACUGAUGAACGCAACAAGCCAUUUCAAAGUGAAUGACAGCAUUCCGACUUCUUUUAGAGAUGGCAGAUGUAAUCAUUCUAACUGGCACUCAGCAAUUAACCAUUGCCUCUAAUGGAACUAUAGAAUGUUUCUAACGCAGUGACAUGUAAGCAAGUCUUUUCUUCAAUCAUUCCCAAAGGUUUGCUGAUUAUUGUAUAUAAAGUGCUUCAUAAUCCAGGAGUGACCUGCCUAGAUAUUUAACAUUUCAUGUGCAACUGGGUUGUAAAAAAUGUUCUGAGCAUGGGGGACAACAAAAUAGCCAACAACAGAGAGAUGCCUUUUGGUAAGAGUUAUUUAUGUAAUGUUCAUAGGAUAGGUGCAAACUUUACAUUCACCUUUUUAAUAUUUGCACUCUGCAGCAGGAAUGAACCUCAGUGUUAAGGAGCAACUAAGUAUAAUAAAUGUGCAGUACUUUAAACGUUAUUUUCAUGAAACUCUUUAUCUAGCUUCCUCUUCAGUUACCUUGAAGGUGAAGGGCUAGCUUCUGCUCACCUUACUUGAGUUGUCCUACUGAUGUUAAUGGGACUAUCUGAGGCCCUGAUUUAGCAAACCAUCCCUAUUCAGCUAUGUGCUUAAGCCCAUGCUUAAGACCUAUUGAUUUUAUGGGGCAUACUUAGAGCGAAGCAAGCAUCUUGCUGACUCAUGACCUGAAUGAACCAGCUUAGCAGGAUGUGGUCCCAAAUCUAAACAUUAGAUGUUGAAGGAAGCAAAGACUGACCAAACGUCCAAGGGCUUGAUUAUUCCUGGCCUCGAGUGGUGGGGAAAGGGUGUCUGAUGAGAGGAGGGUACAAAGAGCCUUCCUGACCCUGUGCCCCUACACAGCACAGUCUGCUCAUUAUGCUUUCCUAAGGACUCCGCUAGAUAAUGCUGAAAGUGGCACUAGCCUGUCCCAAAGUGGGCAGGGAGGACAGGGCAGGGCCAUGUCUGCCUUCACUUUGGCCAGCUGGUCCCCAUAAGGGGAGCUCAGGAAGCAGAUCUCAGAGCUCCAGGAAACAUUGAGCCUAAGUGAGACAAAACUCUUCCUGAAGCACUUGCUGGGGCAGUGCUCAUCUGCAUCUCCUCCAACCCCUUGGGGCAUGAAGGAAAAUAGGAACUGCCAGACUGGAUCAGAUCCAGGGCCCAUCUAGUCCAUUAUCUUCUCUCUAACAGGGGCCAGCAUCAGGUGCUGCAGAGAAAGGUAUAAAAACCCUACAGCAGGCAGAUAUGGGGUAAUCUGACCGCCAUAGAGAUCUCAUACUGAUACCUAAGAGCUAGCGACUGACAAACUCUGAAGCAUGAGGUUUUAAUUCCCUCCCAAUUUUUUUGUUAGCAUUAACUGUUCUAACUCUGGAUAGUCUUGUUACCCAUGUAAAUAUUCUCCACCCUGCAAGGGCACAAUAUAACGCUAACAGUUAUCCACAAUUGGAGGCAUGCUGUUUAUUUUUCUUUACUUGAUGUAUGUCCAGGCCCUUCCUGAAGUCAGUUGAUUUGUACGUCUAACUUGAUAUAUAAUAGACAUUUGCAGAGAAUAUUUGACAGGAAUUAGCCACGUUGUGGAAUUAAAAUGAGAGAGAGAGAGAGAAUCCUGAAUUUACAAACAUAAAAAUGAAAAGGAGUACUUGUGGCACUUAGAGACUAACAAAUUAAUUUGAGCAUAAGCUUUCAUGAGCUACAGCUCACUUCAUCAGAUGAGCUGUAGCUCACGAAAGCUUAUACUCAAAUAAAUUUGUUAGUCUCUAAGGUGCCACAAGAACUCCUGUUCUUUUUGUGGAUACAGACUAACACGGCUGCUACUCUGAAACAUAAAAAUGGUACUACAUUGCAAAUACACGUGGAUUUAAGAAUGAAAAGUUAUUGGCAAAAUUCUAUUUUUACUCUCAUUCAUAAAUUGUCGUGAAACUAGACCAAAACAGGAGCUGUUUAAAUAACACAGUUUAAAGAUUUACUGUCACAGGACUUUGUUAAAAUGAAAUUGCAUUCCAGAGAUUGGUAGCCUUAACUUUUCCUGCUGGUAGAGCUGCCUGUGACCUAUUCACAAAACUCUCAUAUAUAUCAAUAAGAGAUGAGUACUUAGGGUAUACAUAACUCUGUUAAAUUGAUAUCAAAACAGUUAGUAAUAUUGCAAAAAGGAGAAUAUCUGUGUUCUAAUGUUAUUUUUUUAGCAAUGUCUAGGGGUUUUUUUUAAUUAAAAGUGAAACAUUGCAACAAAGCACUGUUUAUAACCAAAUGUCUUACAACCACCUUCACUCACAAUGGGACAAUUCCUGGCUGCUUUACUCAUGUGAGUAGUUCCACUGAAGAAAAUGGACCAGAUUUUGCACAUUGGUAUCACAGAGAUCAGAAUCUUGGUUCACCAGGAGUGCUCACGAGAAUCACAGGAGCAAGACAUGGUCCUAAAACUUGAAUAUAUUACUGGGGGAGCAGGAGGAGGAUCUUCUAGAUAAGUCAUUUUUUUCUGGCUGGAUGCAAAUGGUAAAUCCCAAAUUCCACAAUAACAGUAGUGAUUAAAUAAAAUAUUACAAUUAUGAUAGAUUUGAAGUUGUGGACCAAAACUGGUAUUUUUCCACUUAAAAGAAUAGAUUGAAACCUAAGCUAUAAAUUUUUGGCAUAGAUGACUUAAUGAAAAAGUAUCAUUUAAAUCUGGAUCAAAUAAAUUAUAUUUUUAUUUCCUAGAGCUGAGCGAACAAUUUAUUUGACAAAAUCACCCUCUUUUUCCAUUCACAGAAUGUAUGAUGUAAACAGAAUAUGAUUUUCUCAAAUGUAUUUGUUAUUUGAUUAACUCUUCUCCACUUUUUUUUAAAACUUUUAAAAUUAGCAAUCUAACAUUUGAGUUGUAUUGUUUAGUUACAAUCGUUCUUAUAAGUCAUGUUAUAUUGUUUAUGGUUCCUGAUUGGAUAUGGAUAAUUCAAGUUCCUGUUGUGAAUACAAAUGGAAAACAAAUUUAAAAUGAAGUUUUUCAUAAGCAGGCAACCAUAACUUUUGUGUUCUUGAGCAUUCCAGGAAAACCCAAUCAUGCAAUUAUUUGCAGAGAGCAAAAAAGAGAAUGCAAACAUCGCUAAUCAAUUGUUUAAAAUGAAUAUUUGUAGAACAUUUCUGUUGUGCUCAUGCAGCUCUAUGUGGUGGUGCAAUUGUUGGCAAACUCUCAGUGACUAUAAGAUACUUCAACUAAAUUCAAAUGUACAUUUCAUUGUGAACUGGCAACAUCUAGUAUGAGCUAAAACUUAUUCACCUUACUCCCUCCUAGAGUGACUUCAGUGGUAUAGCUUGAGGAAUUUGGCUCACAGAGUGAAUAUUCAAUACAGUGAGCCAGAUUUUGUUCUUGGCUACAAGUGUGGAACUCCACUAGCUUUACUCUUCAGGUCCGAGCUGAAAGAAAAAGUAGAUUUGUUAGAUGUAUAAAAGGAUAUAAUAAGAAUAAGAAUAAACUCUGUAGGCAAGAUUUUAGGCUCCAGAUGAUGUGAAUUUAUUUAACUGUUUUUUCUCUCCCCUUCCUUUAGCUCUGAAUUUUAUCAUUUCAAACACCAGUUCUGCUCCCAUUGAACUCAAAUAGACUUUUACCAGUAAUUUAAAUGGGAACAGACUCAGGCCAGUUCACUGACUCAUGAGACCUCCCAAAGGGGCAUGGAGAAUUCUCUACCAUUUACUUGCUCUGGUGGUAGCACUGUAGAACAUGGAAGGAGCGAGGCUCCCGGUCUGGCUCCCGCUGAAGACAAUGGAAAACCCCCAUUGACUUCAAUGGGAGGCCUAUGAGUGGGCUUCACUGGUUCUAACUCACUGGGCCACAGGUAUGAGGUACUUAUAGAACCAGAUAUUGGUAGCAACAGUCUUAUCCAAAAAGGAAUCAACACUUCGAGUGAAAGUGUCUGGAGAAUAUUAUGCACUUUACACAUAUUAGAAAGGUGAAGGAGAAAAGGCUUCUGACUGGUGUGAUAUUGAAGUAAUGAUUCAAGAACCAUAUGAAGUACUUUUUAACCACCCCUGUUGAGCAGUUUCUAAAUGUAAUUCUGCUGCUGUCACUGUUCCACCAAAACGUUUUGUGGACGUUUGCAGAUUUUGACUCUGCUGCUGGACAAGUGAUUGAUAAAACAUAGACAAGGCACAGGAGUGGGGGGAGCGGGAUGCCACAUUUUGACCCUUAUAUAGCAGGCAUUAUAUAGGCAGAGAAGCCUUUCAAAACCCUAACAGCUGACCAGACUGGAAUAAAUGACCCAAGGUUUUCGAUCUGUUGCUAGACAUUUCUGCUUCGGUGGCAAAACUCUGGCUCACUAUGCCAGGUCUGAUUUUCUUCACUCUUACGCCAGUUAUACAGCAUAGGCUUGAAUGGGAUUACUCUUGAUUUACACUGGUAUAAAUGAGAGGAGAAUCAGGUCCUUUGAUUUUAGAACAUAUAAUGUAUCUUUCCCAUUUCACUGAAUGGCACCAAGGCCAUUUUAUUCACAUUUCACUGUUCUCUCCAGCUCUAUAAUGAUUCUUUCUAAGGAUUCACCAGUUUAUGACAAAGGCCUUGAGAAUUCUGGCCCCAUAUCAAUGAAGGAGCUUACUGAAGUCCACUAACAUGGCACAUGCUGGGCUUACUCCGUGUACAGUGUAGCUAUUGGAAAGGAUGUGAUUUGAGCUUCCCUGUGAACAACUGGAGGACAUUUCACAAUCUGUGGAGUCCAUGCAGGUCAGAAAACCAGAAUUCCAAUCAGGCUGUGAAUAGCUAGCCAAGGAGACACUAUCCGGAUGCAAACGGUCCAACUUUUUUUGAUAAAUUGGGAGAGUGCCAAGUGGAACUAACAGCUACAUUUGUAAUAGCCAUGAUGGUAUUUUUUGCCAGAAUUUGAACACCAUUGUAUAUAUGGUUUUGUUUAUAGUAGAAAAGCUAUGUCCAAAUGAUCAAUGAUGACUUACAAGUUUCCUUUUUGUCUUACUGUUUUAAACUGCUACUAGUGAUAACUGAGUGACAGAACAUGAGAAAAGGAAUUACCACCAUUACUUCAAAUAUUCAUAAUAGUAAAUCUUUUUUUUUUAAAUGUGCAAACGGGAUGAAUGAAAGACAACUUCAAAAGGACCAUAUGUCCAUAACAUGCAGGUAUAUUCUAUAUACUGUACCAGUGAAGUUCUUUUCUUUACUAUUAUGUGGAAAUAUAUGACAAGUGCAAAACUUUCAACUUUCUAGCCUCGGUGAGUGGAUUGAAAAUAAACAUAAAAAUACUGUGUGGGUGAAUAAAAUAGGGAGGGAAAUACAUUUCUCAAAAGCUGAAACUUAUUCCACAAUUUAAAAUGUUGUUAAUUCAACCUUAGAUUCAAAGCUAUUCAGAAAUAUCUGAUUAUAUUUACAGUACUCAGUGAAUUGAAUUCACAAUACUGAAGCACUGUUUUUGUACUCCACUUUGGAUAUGCUACAUUUGUGUUUAGAAACCUCUUCUUCAAUGAGACAAAAUAACAACAGUGUUUGUGAAUCCAACUGUAGUUUACCAAUUGGUUUCACCAGAAUUUAAUAUGUUUACUGGCUAUGUUUAAAAUAAGCCAAAUGCAUCGUUUGAACAUUGGUGGUAGUUGCUUUGAUAUAAGUGCCUUAGUAUAUAUUUUAUCUUCUAAGGUUUGGGAUGCAAUUAGAUGAUAAUUUGUAUUAAAAUUAUAUAUACAAACCUGGAUUGGAUGGCAAUAUAAAACAGACAAAUAAAUAUAUAAAACACUUGAAACAUAUCCAGUAUUAAACUUAUUUACAUGUGUGGUUUGGGCCAUUUCAGACAUGCUGUUCCAAUAAAGUUAUAGAAAGGAAAAGGGCUAGUAUCACUUCCUCCAAAAGUUUCAGAUGUUCAUGUUUACAAAUUUGUACUGCACAUUAAUAUGUAAACAUACUCUAUUGGGAACAGAUGGAUAUACAAUAUUUACAUGUUCUUUCUUCUUACUUCAUAUAUAUAUAUAUAUACAUAGGCUGGUUUUGUCUCUUA